AUGUGGUCGAACAUCAUCGUGGACAACCUCCAUGAGGACGAGGUGCUCUCGUACCCGUUAGUUCUGCUCGAAGGUCGCAUCACCGACGCACACCCCGCCGAGAAUCUCUUCCUGGACGCUCGUCUUGACGACCUGCGCUCUUCUCUCUGGCCAAUUUCGCGCACUGGCCACUUCAAGGCGUUUGUGUUGCUCCCAUUCCCUGGCAAAUACGCCAUCACGCUGCAACUCAAUGACAUUGCCCACCGCAUCUUCUGCAUCGAGUACCGACCCCACAUUACUCGAUUUGUGGUCAAAUUCCACUACCAAAUCUGCUCCGACGCCGAAAAUCGCGACGGAUUCGACGCUCCUCUUGGUGUCGACAAUUCCGACGCUGUGGCCAUUGCAAAAAUCCGAUUCACGGCCUUGUUAUUGCAAAUGGCAACAGCUGAACUUAUGCACGCAGCAGGUUUGCCUCGACUCACGUUCACUAUGCAAUUCGCACCCGACGGGUUGCCAGACGUGACGCUGUUGCGUUGCAGAUUCACCAAUACUCACGCACGUUCGGUGGACGGUCAGGAGCUCACUAAGUUGGUGCAACAGGACAUCGAAGCCUCGGGAUUGGACAGUAAUCCCGAGUUGCAUUUUAAACAUGCAGUAGUGCUCGGUUGUUCGAGAUAUAAUAGAGAGACGAGGAAAGCCGAGGGCCAUACAGCACUUGGAGAUCCACGCUCGUCGCAGCAGAGUUUCCAGCGAUCUACAGCUCAAGGAUGGCUGGAUCUAAAUCACACUGUUGUUUGUGAAGUUACCAGUCGAGGAGGAGCACACUGGAACUCUGCAUCCGCUCAACUGCUUCGACACUGUCCAUGGAUCUCAGGAUACGCCAAGCCGUCCCUCGUAGGACCUACUGUGGACUGGGGGAGCUCGAUACUUGGACCUGUAGGAUACGGCACUUAUAAUGGCACGCAAACUGACCUUCCUGAGAAGAAGUUAUCGUCUUCUGUCGACGAUCAACUCGGCGCUGUGAUGCUGGACGCUGGCAAGUACAUUGACCACAUUGAGACGUUGACUCGUGCUGAAAUGGCCGAAGCUGAGCGUACUGAGCCACUACGUGCUGCUGGCACUAAACACUGGUUCAUGCUUGCUGACGGAGAGUACAUCUCUCGUGUGGACAUCCGUGCUAUGGCUUGGAUCGAUGGACUACAGCUACACACGAACUUGCGUUCGUCACGUUGGUAUGGCGGCACGGGCGGUAGUCUGCACGCUCUACAACCUGCUGGAGGGUGGCACGUGAGCUCGUUUAUUGGCUCCAGAGGCGACUCUCAUGUUGCUGGAAAAGCAUUGGAAGGUGGCACCAAGACGCCGUUUUCAAUCACUCUCCCGGAGAUCGGAGCUGUGGUUGUUCAAUGUGGGAGAUUUGUUGAACGUGUCAAGGUGUUAUCUCCGGAGGAAGCGGAGUCCAACUCCAGAGAUCCAAAGUUCUACCUCUCGAAUGAGCACGUCUUCCAGCUUUGUCCUGGCGAGAAGUUGAUCAAGUCGGAGGAGUAA